AAUUCGAAAAAAAAGGCAACGGUCAUUUGACACCCAUUUGCCUCCGAAAAGCGUAACGCAGAGAGAUGGAAUGCGCCAACGAACGAGAAAUUAACGCCUUUCCUUCUCUGUUCGUUCAGAUUCAAAUUUCCUACUUCAUUUACCUUUUUGGGGUUCUCCAAUAAAGAUUCAUCGUCGUCAUCAUCACAGUCGCUGAUUACUUCAAUUCUAAACGACAGUGUUUUCAGCAGCAGAAGAACAUUCGGCACUUUUCAAUGGAGGAGCAGCACCAGUGCGACUCUCCUCUGAACAGCUCCACUUCCGCCGCCAACUCUAACUCCGACUACACUUCGCUUUGCUCGCAAUUGCAGAGCUUGACAAUGGUGGAUCCGGAUUCUUCCUCUUACAAUGCUGAUUCAAACGAAGUUGGUGUAGAUUGCUCUCGGGAAAAUUAUGAAAGCACAGAAGCCAUUAGUACACCAAAAAUCAGGGACCCAGAUGCAAAUGAUUCCCGGUCCAUGAUGGGGUUUUCGCUUACCUCUCCUGAUUUAGUGAUCUGUGCCGGGUCACCCGAUAUACCCCAAACCAGCUAUGGAGAUUCCCCCGAGUUCUUGGAAAGCAAGUUCCAUCAGAAGAUGGAUUCUUCUAUUGAGCUCUCUUUUGAGAAUGGAAUCGAUGAGGCUCAUGUUAGAGAUAUGCAUAAAACUCCAACUGUAAAGUUCUCCACGACAUUGUGCCAAACUUUUAAGGAAGAUUUGUCUCCUGAAGCUUCAUUUGAGCUUCUUCCUGCUCCGGCGACUGAGAACAAGUUGAAGGAAGGUUCCCUUCCUGAUAUGAGCAACAAUGCAGGUUGCACUGAUGAAUUCAUAGGCGACGAUUCUCAAAUGGAAGACUGCGGAUCAUUAAAAGUGACUGGUGAGACCAACGAAGAAGGAGACUAUCAUAAGCUGCUAAUAAGUUACGAGAAACAGAAAAAAGAAUUACAAGAGAUGAGGAGUGCAAUGGAGGAGUUGAAAAAGCAAAACUAUUCCAAGAGUAGAGAAUGCCAAGAAGCUUGCAAUUCAUUGAAGGAACUCCAAAAUGAACUCAUGCGCAAGUCUAUGCAUGUUGGAUCUUUGGCCUUCGCCAUCGAGGGACAAGUGAAAGAGAAGAGCGGAUGGUUUUCAUCAUUGAGAGAUUUGACGAGAAAACUUAAGAUCAUGGAGAUGGACCACAUCAAGCUAUCAGAGGAGGCACGGUCAUAUAAGAAGUGCCUUGAAGAUAUGAAUGAAAUGAGGUUUACCAUUCAUUCCACUUUAAAUCAGCAAGUAAAUUUGCACAAUGAUCUGAAGACUAAGUUUAUUGAAGGGGCCAGAGAACGGAAAGAGCUCUACAACAAGGUGUUAGAGUUGAAAGGAAACAUACGGGUCUUUUGCCGGUGCAGGCCUCUAAACACUGAUGAAGUUGCAGCAGGAGCUUCAAUGGCUAUUGAUUUUGAAUCUGCUAAAGAUGGUGAACUCACUGUCAAAUCAAAUGGGGUCACCAGAAAGACCUUCAAGUUUGAUGCUGUAUUUGGUCCUCAAGCAGAACAAGCUGAUGUUUUUGAAGACACGGCUCCAUUUGCAACAUCAGUUUUAGAUGGGUACAAUGUGUGCAUAUUCGCAUAUGGGCAGACCGGAAGUGGAAAGACCUUUACAAUGGAAGGGACAGAAGACGCUCGAGGAGUCAAUUUUAGGACUCUUCAGGAAUUGUUUCGUAUAAUUGGAGAGCGAGAAAAUUUACAUCGAUAUGAUGUAUCAGUUAGCGUUUUAGAAGUCUACAACGAGCAGAUACGAGAUUUACUAGUUUCAGGGAAUCAGCCAGGAGCAGCUGCCAAAAGGCUUGAAAUAAGACAAGUUGGUGAAGGUAUACAUCAUGUUCCAGGACUGGUUGAGGCACACGUAAACAACAUGAACGAAGUCUGGGAAGUUCUGCAAACAGGCAGUAAUGCAAGGGCUGUUGGCUCAACCAAUGCCAAUGAGCAUAGUAGUCGGUCGCAUUGCAUACACUGCGUAAUGGUGAAGGGGGAGAAUUUGUUGAAUGGGGAAUGUACAAGAAGUAAGCUCUGGUUGGUGGAUCUAGCAGGGAGCGAGCGUGUAGCGAAGACAGAAGUGCAAGGAGAACGACUCAAGGAAACUCAGAACAUCAAUAGAUCUCUGUCUGCCCUUGGUGAUGUCGUAUCCUCACUUGCAACUAAAAGCUCACACAUACCUUUCAGGAACUCUAAGCUUACCCACUUGCUUCAAGACUCUCUAGGAGGAGACUCGAAGACACUCAUGUUUGUUCAGAUAAGUCCUAAUGAAAAUGACGUGAGUGAGACCCUAUGCUCACUGAACUUUGCAAGCAGAGUGAGAGGGAUAGAGUUGGGUCCUGCAAAGAGGCAACUGGACACUUCUGAACUUUUGAGAUACAAACAGAUGUUUGAGAAAACAAAGCUAGAAGUCAAGAGCAAAGAUGUACAGAUCAGGAAGAUGGAGGAAACAGUUCAUGGAUUAGAACUGAAGGUAAAAGAAAGAGACCUGAAAAAUAAAAACCUGCAAGACAAGGUAAAAGAAUUGGAAGCACAACUCUUAAUCGAGAGAAAGCUGGCACGACAGCACGUUGACACAAAGAUAGCUGAGCAACACCAGCAGCAAAUGAAACAUCAACAGGAUGAGCAAUCUAUUGCACCCACAAGGCCACCAUUUACAAACCGACCAUUAGCAAGUCACAAGAUCCUCAGCGAAAUAGGCAGCACAUUGGGAAAAGACCAAGUAAACCCCCUGCAACCAUUGAUGGAGAAGACCAACAACAAGCCCUCAGCGCCCCUUUUUCAUGUAUCGGAUGGUUUUAUCAAGCAUCUUGAUGCCACGGAGAAAGAAAACAACCCCGAAAUGGCUGAACACUUUCUUGUUCCAAAGAAAACUGGAAGGGCCUCUACUUGUCCAGCAUUUCAGCGGAUUCCAGUAAACACAGCUCCAAGGCGCAACUCCCUAAUCCCACUUCCAAGUGUACCAUUUCGUGUCCAAUCCCCACCACCUGCAUUACCAUUGGCACCUAUAGUAUGCCAUGCUGAUAAGAAAGUUGAUCCAGAUGUGACUGAGACUGACUGCUUGCCGGAACAGAUACCUUGUAGUAGUCCUAAAGUCAUCAGAAAUGGCAGCAAAAAGCUAAACAGCAUACUGAGACGAAGCGUCCAAAAGAAAAUCCAGAUAAAAUCCCCAAUGCCACCGCACAUGAGAAAAGGCGUGAAUGUAGGGAUGGAGAAGGUUAGAGUCUCUAUUGGAAGUCGAGGGAGGAUGGGGAACAGGGUGUUACUAGGAAAUGCUAGAAGAGCCGGAACUAAAGAAAGCCAGAAGCCUAAUAGUCAUAGGGAAAAGGAGAGGGGGUGGAAUAUUAUUGGUACAGCAGCGAGAACUGCUACAAAAAGCUGAUGACGAUGUAUGUACUUUAUUCAGCCAUGGUGCGAGCACAGAGGUUAUAUUCUUGUAGCCUGCAGGUGUGGAGAGAGAGGGAGAGAACUAAUCAUUUGUUUAUUUACUGAUGUACAGAACUUCCGAAUAUGUUUGAGAAUGCCAAUAUUAUGUGCCUUGUGGUGACACCUGAUUAAAACU